ACAGAAGACAGAUCCACACUGAGACAAAAUCAUUUUUGUUUGCAGUCUGACAGCAGAUGAGUCGAAGUCUUUAUGUUUAGGAGAAAUGCGGUCUCUAUUAUGACAACCAUCUCUCUUUUCCACUGCCGAACCAAAGGUCACGGUUAUAAACAAGACAUUUUAUGACCAGCAGGAGUUCACUCCACCCAAAAGAGGUAACCUGUAUUAGGAUCACAAGGUUUAUUUCAUCUGCCUCUCAGACUACACUAGUGCUUUAGAGAAGAAUCUUUUGGAUUUAGACUCAACCAGGAGUUGGAGUACAGCAAAGAUGCCAUCCACCACCAAAAUCAUCCAUUUUCUUUCUAGUGCACUGGUCACUGCUGUGUCUGUAGGUUUGCUGGGGUUUGCCAUGUCAACACAGUGGGCUAGGAUUAAUAUCAGAUGUGCGAUGGCAGAAAGUAGCUCAUUCAACGGAAGUGCAGAGAUCUUCCUUGGGCUUUUUGAUGGAAUAAUAAUCCGAUCAUCCUGUCCCAGUUUUGGAACUGAAGAUGAAUUUAAAGUGAUUUCUACAAUUAAAAACACUGGGACUACACCCUUAGCCCUCCAUGUUUUGGUGGUGUGCCUGUUGGCUCUGUCUUUGCUGUUCUCUGCCGUCAGCAUCCUCGUCUCCCUCUACAACAGCGUCAGUAACCCUUAUGAGACCUACAUGGGUCCUGUUGGAGUCUACACCUGCAGCUCUCUUAGUGCAUGCCUGUCUCUGGUGGCCCUUAUCAUAUUUGUGGUGUACGUCAACGUGACCAACAUGGCCAAAGACCUGGUUACCAUCUUUGUUGGAGCAUUGCCAGUAGAUCUGGGGGAACAGUCUGCAGAGAUGAGAGUUGGAUAUUACCUGGUCAUUCCUUACAUUGUGUUUUCUCUGGGUGCCGUGGCCUUAAUCUACAUGUAUCAGCAUGUAGCCUACGAACACAAACGACAACAGGAGAGACCAACAGAAGACGCUCCCAAGGAAAUUAUGAUGUAUUAGUGUUAUGAUGACAAAAACACCAAAUAGGUUAGUUUUAGAUAGAUUUCUAAGGACUUUAUCAGAGACUUAAAUUGUACAAUGAGACAAAAAUGUAUAAAGCUCAUAAAUACGUUUGUAAAUAGGUUAAGAGCAUUUUGUUUUGAUAUUCUAACAUUUUUGAUCGUACUCCUUCUAAUGCCACACUUUUAUGUUGUAACAUUUUGAAUAAUUCAUACUUGUGAGUGGAUUUCAGAGGAACUACUUUUUUACAUGAAAUGAAACUCUUCAAAACCUAUUUAUUCUGUGUUUAAAUGUGCAAUAUGGCAUAAAAUGUGAUUUCAGAAUUGGUUCCUGGUUUAGAUUUUUAGAUUAUCAUUUGCAAGGCAAAGUGAAAAAUCAAUAGCCCCAUUAUAUGUUAUGAAAUCUCCUUUUCAAUUAAACAGUCUUCAUACCACACAAAUAAACAGAUCAAAUCAAAUUAUACCGUCUGGAGUUUCGACCAUUGUUUGCAUUCAUUUUUCAUAUUUACUGAAAGAAAUAUGAUAACUCAUAAGGAACUCAGUUCAUUGGAAAAAAUAAAUAUUUGUCGGGAAAGGAUGAAAUGUCACUCUUAGCUUUUUGCUGCCCUCUAUCUUGAACACAAUGUAAAUGCAAAGAGAUGUCAGCACUUCAGGGUGUUGCCUGCAAAUCUUUAAUCCAUACAUCCAUUUUCUAUACCACUCAAAGUAGGCUAACACUUUCAUGCAGGAAGAUAAGUCAUGAUGAUUUGAAAAUUGUCAGUAAAAUAAGAGAUCUGCUGAGAAAGUAGUUUACAUUGUUUUUUUUAUUAAUAUAAACUGGG